AUGAGCGGCGCGGGCGAGAACCGCAACUGGCGACGGCAGGGACCAGCCAAUCGCCAGAACCAAGAACGCACUUCUGGCACGAACACUCCCACUCGAGAUGGCGGGCGGCAACAGGCCAUGUCUGCGCUCUCGGGCAAUGCCUGGAGCUCAGGGAAAGGCAAAGCUGCGGGCGGCGUGGACAGGGCGCAAGCACAACCUGCUCCUGGUCAGGCAGAACAGCAUGUCCCUGUGCGGGAGUUCAAUGCCGGCGAGGUCAAGGAAUUCUUGAAAAAGAGAUACCUCGAGAGCAUUGGAGGUAUAAACCCAUCGGUAAACGCGUCCGCGCCAGACGACGGAGCUAAUCGCGCGUCGAAAGACCAAUCUUCGGUAUACCACAAGGUACAAGGCGACUCCGUUGCGAAGAGGAGCAGCGGUGCAUGGGGCUCACGAGGCAACAUGCCACACCUUAUGCCCAGCGGGCAGGACUUCUUCACGCAGCUCAAGAAGCAGCUGGCCACCCUCGAGCAGGGCAAGACGUCCUAG